AGGUAGUCCAGGCUGGCCUCGAACUCGAGGCAGUACUCCAGUUCUAGUUGCCCUAAUUCUAGGAUGACAGAUGUGCGCCACUGCGUCCGACUUCUCAGUGCAUUUUUAAGUAGUUUAUUUUCCUCAAAGAAAAAUCCCGGCAACCUUAACUGGGAUCUUAAUGACUUUGUUGGGCGGAGGAGGGCGAAGGAGCUGGUGGUAUUAGAGUGCAAGACACAGAAAGAAAAAAACUGAAGCGGUUGGGAGAAGCAACACAGAUGUGAUGACAGGCACUGAAUCUCGCCAUGUUAUUAAAGUGCGCCUGAGUGCGUGUGCGUGUGUGCGCGCUUGAGUGCGCGCGUCCGCCACUGUCCCUUCUGUCCCAGCUCGCGCAGGGGUUUAAAGCCCGGGCGGCACGGGUUUCCAGACUGCGUACCUGGGUGCUGCGGGGCGGGAGAGACAGGAGGCGGCCCACGAACUGGUGUUGCAGGCCUGUGGAGUGCCAGCGGGUCCGGCAUCCAGCGGUGAAGAUGAACGGCCCCAGCGCCAGGUCCAGCCACCUGUCGCAGCCAGUGGUGAAGAGUGUGCUGGUGUACCGCAAUGGGGACCCCUUCUUCGCCGGGCGCCGUGUCGUCAUUCAUGAGAAGAAGGUGUCCAGCUUCGACGUCUUCCUCAAGGAAGUGACGGGCGGUGUGCAGGCGCCCUUUGGGGCAGUUAGGAAUAUCUACACCCCGAGGACGGGCCACCGCAUCCGGAAACUGGACCAGAUCGAAAGCGGGGGCAACUACGUGGCCGGGGGCCAGGAAGCCUUCAAGAAACUCAAUUACUUGGACAUAGGAGAAAUCAAGAAAAGACCAAUGGAAGCUGUUAAUACUGAGGUGAAGCCAGUCAUUCACAGCAGGAUCAAUGUGUCUGCCCGUUUCAGGAAAUCACUGCAUGAACCUUGCACCAUUUUCUUGAUUGCAAAUGGAGACCUCAUAAGCCCAGCUUCUCGACUCCUCAUUCCUAGAAAAGCUUUAAAUCAGUGGGAUCACGUGCUACAGAUGGUCACAGAGAAAAUAACUCUUCGGAGUGGGGCUGUUCACAGGCUUUAUACCCUAGAAGGAAAACUGGUUGAGAGUGGAGCCGAACUGGAGAACGGGCAGUUUUACGUGGCCGUUGGCAGAGAUAAGUUUAAGAGACUACCUUACAGUGAGUUACUUUUUGACAAAUCAGCAAUGAGAAGGCCUUAUGGUCAAAAAGCUUCUUCUCUACCUCCCAUGGUUGGAUCGAGGAAGUCUAAAGGGAGUGGAAAUUAUCGCCAAUCUAAGUCAACCAUCGGCUCCAGUGAUAACUCAUCUCCUCAGCCUCUGAAGAGGAAAGGGAAGAAAGAUUCAAAUUCAGAAAAACCCACAAAAGUGAAACAAAAAGUGAAGCCGAAGGAUUCCCAGCAAGCAGUCCCAAACAACGCCCGGAAGCCCAGCCUAUGGAAUGGUGCUGCUCACAUUCAGGAUGAAGGCAUUUUCAAAGCUGGAACAGAGAGAUCUGAAACGAGGGGUGCAGCAGAAGUCCAAGAAGAUGAAGAUACACAAGUUGAGGUUCCUGUGGACCAGAGGCCGGCAGAAAUAGUUGACGAGGAAGAAGAUGGAGAGAGAACAAACAAAGAUGUCAAACAGAAAGAAGACUUUUCAGCAAUGAAUGGCGAAACUGAAGAUGGAGGGGAUAGUGAGGCUGCUGAUGGCCCUAAGCAAGAGGAUGAAAUCCCAGACCACGGAGAGAAGGCAAGUCCCUCUCGGGUAAACGGUGCCACUGAUGAAGAGAAUGGCGAAGAACUGGACCAGGCUACUGAGGAGCUGCAACCAACAGUGGAUGAGGAAGGAAAGGCUGAAGGAGACAAUAGUGGACAAGAUGAGGCUGACUUAGAUGCUGGAAAACCACCAAGACCAGAAGUGACAGUCACCAGCCCUCAAGAAAAUGACGAGAAUGAACAGAACAAGGACUCUUCUGCUGUGGCAUAGAUGGCUUUAGAACAGGAAAUACAUGGGAUGUAAGAGCAUGCAGGGCUGUAAUACUUGAAUAAUGAACACAGCCUCUCUGUUAGGCAGAAUGUGGCAAUAUGGUGGGACACCACCUGCUGAAUUUUAAAAAUAGAAGCUAAGUGGAAGGAAGGUUAGGUAAUUUGUAGCUCAAAGCAGAAUGACUUAUGUUUAUGUCAGAUGUUUAAAAAAAUCCUUUAGAAGAAUCAAAUAAAAGAGAGAGAGGGAUUUGUACCUUAAGACAGUUGACUACCUGUGUUUGUAAAGAAGAAAGACAUGGGCUAACUUCCAUUAGAUACUUUACUAUAGACUUGGAAGCUUGUUCUAAAGCAUUUAUCUAGGAAAGUAUAGACUUUUAAAGAAUUGGUGAUAGGAAAGCAUGUAUUAUGUUCUCAAAGGAAUAAACUGUUGAUUGGACAAAUUGCAAUUUAGUUUCAGAGAUGAUUUGGAGAUGGCAAUAGAUCCAAACGCUCUGAAGCUGUUGACAUUCCUUUCUUCCUUUAUCCAAGGUCCCCCUCAGUCAAAGUCAGGUCACAGUCCAAGCUGUCUUCUGGGGUUUGGAACUGCUUCUCCAGGGCACUGGCAGUUACCAUCAGGUGUGUCUGCGGAGGCACACUCUCGGGCAGGAGCCACAGAGUGAGAUGUGGAAGUCCUGUGACUUUCCCUAAUCUGCUCUGUCUGCACCAGAACAAACCUCUCCCUUCCUGUGUACUGUUGGAAGCUCAAUAUUAGUGAAGAUUGAAUUCUUUCCAUUACUUCAAAAAAGAAUGUUUUAAUGAACACCAGGAAAUAGAAUAGGAAACAGCAAAAAGAAGAGUUUCUAACUACCCAGUUCCUUUGCUUUUUGCUAUUCUUCUGUCAGGGUUGCCAUGGUUGCAUAGGGUUAUUAUGUCCAUCCAUCCAUUCAUCCAUCCAUCCAUCCAUCCAUCCACCCAUCCACCCAUCCACCCACCCAUCCAUUCAUCUAUCUAUCAUCUAUCCGUCUCCUAACCUUUUAGACUUACAAAAAGAUGUUUAUGUUUAGCCUUUUUUCAUUUCAAGCAGAUUCUUUUCUAUAAAUUUAUAUUAUGUCUGAUAGAAUUGGUGAAAAAACUUAAAAAUUUCCCAUAGCUCCUGGUUUUAGUUUGUGGAUGGACCAAAUUAAUGUGUUUUCAACUUAUUAGGUAUAGAUAAAGGAAAAGAUAAUUGCAUUAGUUUGAUGAUCACAGUAGAGAUGAUGCACCUCUUCCUAUAAUAUAGAAAUACCACAUAUUUCUCAUUUUAAAGAAUAUAUUUUUACUCAUAGAAAAUUUAAACUGGAAAAUUUUAACAUCUAGUGCUUUUGUAAGAUCCAUUACUAUUGUAAGUCUAAGAGAUCAUUUUCCCUCCAGAUUUCACAACCAACCAUCUGGGAUCAAAAUAGUUGUGAGUUAUAUAUACUAAAGUAAUAUAGAAAAUAGAUACAUGUUCCCUCAAAAGCUAUUUUGAUUUUUCUGUAAAUAGAAAAUGCGAACAGAGCCUAUGAUGUCACAGUAUUUGAGGGAGAUCAUGACACAGAGCUGGGAAUCUGGGAGGAUGGAUUUUAACUGGGGCACAAUCUGGGCUGUGCUUUCUCUGUAUGGGCUUACUUUCCCAAAUGUGACCGUACAGCACACAUGGACGGCCAGCAGGGAGUCAGAGAAGCCAGCCUUCUGAUGAAAUACUGGGAGCUGAGGUUUUGAAUACUUUGUAAAAAUUGAACAUAAGACAUUUAACUAACUUUCAGACUGAUUCUCUUUCUCAGUGAAGGACAUUUUUCCUUAACGGAGCAUUACUCUUUGUUCCCAUCUUUUCUCCAUUUUACUCUGAUGCUUAGGGUCCAGGGGCCCUCUUGACAGCUUUCUUAAUGAGGCACAACACUGAUAUUUUACAUGAAAAAUAAACUUUGAGAUUUAAAGAACAUUUCAAGAAGGUUACAGGCAUAAUAACAGCCGUAAAGUGUUAAAAUAAAUGGGGAGAUCAUUUUCUCCUGUGCAUGUAUUUUAAUACCUGGAACCCAAGUAAAAAUUAUCUCCACAUGUUGCCUAACCACACAUGUAAUCGAUUAUUCAUUGGGAAUUAAAACUGUAGGCAUAACUCUGAAGGUGACCUUAACAAAAGUUGAAGGUCAGUUCACCUGUCAAAAGUGACAGUCUCCUCUAUGGGAACUGGGUACCUAUGAUAGGUUAGGUCCACGAAUAAGUGAGACUUCCUGACAGAUUUGGGAGGCAUGCAUUGAGCAUAUGAAUGAAUUCUUGGUGAAGGGUCAUACAUCACUCAUACAGAGGGCACUUGGAUAUAUAUCCAGUGUAUUGCUUUGAGGUGUCAGCUUUUUGCAGUUUCUUAGUUUUAAUUUUAUAUCACUGAUGUCUUGGCUGUAUUUCAAUUUUAAAGACACUUAUGAUCACUGGUUUGCUGGUGGAAUUGGAACAUUGGGAGUUUUGCACUUGAGUAGAAGUGACUCUGAGUGACGUCACCUUCAGGUGAGGGGUGUGUUACAUGCUCGGCAUCUGUUGAAGCCGUUACUGCAUGCCCAUCACCUUCCUGCUACUAUUACUACAGGGCAGCCCCUGACUCACUGUGUUUUCCUAGGGUCUUGAGGAGACUUGUUUAGGAUGUUUAGGAUGUUUUCAUUGCCUUUUAUUUCAGUGUCAAAAUGCCAGACUCAUAGGAAGAGCAUGAUAUAGUCAUGCCUCCAGUUUUAUUCUGAAAGGGUAAAUUCUUGCUGUGGUGUCCAAGCACAUACCAUGCCGUGUGGUGUGGCUUAGGAUCAGUCACAUAUCUCCGUGUGCAAACCUGUGAGGUGACACUGAUACAUUUCAAUUUCUGUCCUAGGGUGGGGCACCAGACUCAGAAACCACAAAGUGACUCAGCAGAUAAGGUGCUUGCUGCCUAGCCUGAGGCCCUACACUGGCAGCUACAUACACAAAGCUUGCCCACCUCCCACAGCUAAAUAAAUAAAUGCAAACACAUUGUUUUCUUGAGACAGAGGAUGAAUUUCACUAACUCAGAAAUCAACGUGCUGUGCGCUGUUACUGCAGCGGGGCUCACGUGGCCGACACCUGUAAUCUCACAUCUUGGGAGCUGGAAGGAGAAUUAAAAAUUAAAAGUCACCCUUGACUAUAUAGCAUGUUUGAGGCUAACCUACGCAACUUGAAGCCCUGUCUUAAAAACCAACUGACCAACCAACCCACCUGCCCACUAAAGCUGAACUUGCCUCUGCAAAAAAAAUCAGGUGUGUUCAUCAUGUUGCCAGAAGGCAAUUCAACGUGUUCAACAUGUCUUCUAAAGAAUCUAUUCUGUACUCUUGUUGUUGCUAAAGUAGCAAAAGCAAAGUCAAAAGGUAAAUUAAUCGCCGAGUGGAAAGGUCCUCAUCUGAACGGGUGCCAAUCAGAACAAAUAGAGAGCACACCGUAGAUCCCCAUCAGUACUUCCACCCAUGCGGCCAAGCCCUUUCAGACAGUGGGAAGGACCUCCUCAUUGAUGCUUGUUCAACAAGUCUCUCGUGUGGGGAGGAACGAUGCCAACAAUCCAGGAGCAAACAUUGAGAGGAUACUGUUGUCAUGGUGUUUUAAUAUCGCUCUACUGAUACCAAGACGUACAAUAUUUUCCCCAAAUAUGAAAGGUGCCAGCAUCAUUUAAACGAGGCAUGGUGGCACAUACCCGUUAUCCCAGAGCUCUAGAUGUGGAGGCAGAGGGUCAGAGGUUCAAGGUCAUUCUCAGGUACAGUCUGAGCUGUGGGAGACCUGUCUACAACAAAAAAGGAAGGGAUGCUAAAAUUAGUUUCAGUCACAGUCUAAAAAUUAGAGUUGUGUAUCUUGUUUCCUGAACUGAUGACGGUCUAUGGUUUGUGUAGCCCCCCUACAAUACUAUGUGGACUAUGGGAGGUGGGGGCAGGGAGAAAACCCAGUACUCCUGCUUGUGUCCAGAGACCAGGUACACAGUGUCACAAGUUCCUGAAGCUUAGUCUGGUUUUUCAUCCAGAGAUCCCUGGAGUUCCUUGUCACUGUCAUGUUCACAGGUCUGGCUUCUGCACUGUGUCUGAAAGAUAGGGAGGGGAUGGAAGAAUAUCCCUGUAUGUUGAGGAGGAAGUAAGUUAUUGUUUUUGAAUACUCAUAACACUUGUAGGAUAUCUGGAAUUAGGAAAGAAUUAAAAAUAAUAAAGGAAAAAAAGCACUUAUAAAAGCCAGCGGGAACUAGUGGGCUAUGGCCUUCUAAGGCAAUGGCUACCUAGCUUCGCUCUGUGAAUGGGACCAAAUGAAUUCUGUGCAGGUUUAUCAGCUUGAAAUGCCUGGUUUAAUGGACUGUUUCAGUUUUUGUCAAAAAAAUGGGAGUGAUUGUGAUCAACUUUAGAAGAUUGCAGGAAGCUCUGUUGCUUUUGUGUUUCCCUUGCAUCUUAAAUUGCUGACAUGCACAUAGUAAUGGGUAAUUUUUAAUGCACUUUCUAAAGAUUAAAUUAAGCUCAUUAUUUCUGUAGCAUUUAUUAUAUUUAGAAUGUCUUUAUGCCAGGAAAAGCUUGUGUUUUGAUCAAAUUAUGAGAUGUAGCUUUCAUUUCUGUAUCAGCACAUUCUAAAAUGCUUGUGUACUCACCCAUCCUGUGAGUACAUGGGUGUUUUAUACAGUUAACAUACAUGUUCAGCAUUUCAAUAUGAUGUGUUGUUAUUAUUUUAUGUGUGAAUCGCUUUUGUAGCAUUUUCCAGGAAUACAACAGAUACACAGACUUAUAUAGGCAUUCAGCUCAGUAGAGGCUACUUCUGUUUGUAUAUAGAAUAGACAUUAAGCUUCAUCAUGUAAUUUUUUACAAUUCUAUAUGCAUGUUUAUUUGAUCAAAAUUCAGAUCUAUUAAAAUUGUUAUUUCUUUAUUUUAUGAAAUAUCUUUAGAGAUGCAUAAGCUCAGAGGUUUUGUGACACUCAUGACAUGUAUUUUGUAUACAGACAAUCACAGAAAUAAAUGUCUAAUUUUACAAAGAGUUUCACUUAAA